AUGUUUAUAACAAAGAUUUCUCGAUUAUGUAAUAUUCCAAGGAAUAUUUCUUUAAUCACACAACGAAAAAUCAAUAAUUUGCCGCAUCAGUUGCCACUGACAACAAGAUUAUUAAAUCCAUGCAUUGGAUCAGUUAUCAGUUGGAACAAACAAGACUGUAACAGUGUAACAAUAAAAGUGAACUACUCAUCAAACAUCACACAAGAAUCUCCGCCUUUAGAUGCUGCAACAUUUGAGAAUAUUUGUGAAGAAACCUUGGAUCAUCUCACUGAAUACUUUGAAGAGUUAGUGGAAUUAGAACCUAAUUUAAAAGAUGCAGAUAUUUCAUACAGUAGUGGAGUAUUGACUGUAUCCCUAGGAGAUUCUGGAACUUAUGUCAUCAAUAAACAAUCACCAAACAAGCAAAUCUGGUUGAGUUCUCCAACUUCAGGCCCAAAAAGGUUUGAUUUUGAUACAAAACAACAAUAUUGGGUGUACAGUCAUACUGGGGUGUCUCUACAUGCUCUUCUACAAGAAGAACUACCAAAAAUCUUCACAAGUGUGAAGGAUAUUGACUUUUCAAGGUGUUGUUAUAGUAAAUUGUAGUCUGUCGUGUAUGUUGGGUUGUAUACAUUACUUUAUUAUAAAUUUGUAAGAGUUUUAAACCGACGCCAUUAUGGAGGUGAUGGAGGAUGGUAAUCUCAUGGACAAAGUCUUGAUUUUGAUCCAACGUGAUAUGGAAUAUUAUACUGUGAGUUCCCACAAGUAAAAACAAUCUAUAUUGUAA